UUAGUAAAAGGAACGUUAAAUAAAUUUAAUAAAAAUAAUUUACAUUAAAUAUUUUGUUCAACUGGACAACGAAAUGACGCCUCUCCGCCUGCUCCUCGUAUGCGGUCUACUUGCCGCCGCACCACUUUCGCUGGACGCCGCACUGCUCACUUGCAACAUUCAACUGGUGAAUGGUGAGAUCAAGAAGGUUUGCCGUCAACUCAAGUGUCCCGUUAGCUGCACGAAUGGCGUCUGCAGCAUGCAGUUACAGCGCUGCAUUUGCAAUGAGGGUUAUGAAUUUGUGAAUGGACUAUGUGUACCCGUUUGUGAGCCGGCGUGUCAGGAUAAUUGGCACUGCACUGCGCCGAACAUCUGUCGAUGCGAAGAUGGCUAUGUCCUGCUGGACAAUCAAUGUCAAGCGCUAUGUAGACCAGCCUGCGCCGAGUCACAGUACUGUGUUGCGCCAAAUACUUGCGCCUGUUUAGACGGUUACCGCAAUACAACAACGACCAGUGACGGCUGCGAGCCCAUUUGCCCGGAGGGCUGUGGCGAACAUAGUCGCUGUAAGGCACCAAAUCAAUGCGUGUGCGAUGAGGGCUACGCUCUACAGGCGGAUGGUAAAUGUGGACCCGUUUGUGAACCCGAAUUAUGUGCGCAUGCCGAUUGCAUUGAACCUUAUAAGUGUAUUUGUCAUGCUGGUUAUUAUCUUCACUUUGAGUCGGGCGUUUGUAAACCGCUAACUACAGAUAUGCCAGUAACGGGUGAUGACGAUAUGUCACAGCUAAUCGAUGUGCGUUUUGGUGGCGACCCUCUGUUUCACAUAUUAGCUAAAUUGAUCUUAGACCCUAAAAUGGUGACGCCGCACAUUGAGGAAAGUGGAUUUUUCAAAAUCUUCGAUUCGAAACUCAAGAUGAAAAUCGUCAUUAUACAAAUCGUUAUUUACACCUUCCUCCUAAUCAAUAUCAGUAAGGCUAAGGAACUCAACUGUAAAGUUCUAAUGUUGAGAGGAAAACCUCAGAAGGUUUGCCAAACCUGUGACAUGGGUUACGUGGCAACCAAGGAUGGUUGUUCUCCAAUUUGCGCCAAACGAUGCGACACGAAUGAACAUUGCUCGGCUCCAAAUGUCUGUAAGUGCAAUAUGGGAUAUACGAGAGAUUUGAGAGGCAAGUGCUCUCCCAUCUGCAACAAAACUUGCGAUGAAGCCAGUUAUUGCUCAAAGCCCGACGUGUGUGCCUGCCGGAAGGGUUAUGUCGAAACAAACUACGGUUGCUCUCCAAUUUGCGUACAACCUUGUGGUGAGAAUGAGUACUGCGCUGGACCUGAUAACUGUAGCUGCAAUGCGGGUUAUUCCAGAAAUAUUACAGGAAAAUGUGUCCCGCUUUGUAAUCCCGAUUGCGAUGAGACAAGUUAUUGCUCAAAGCCCGACAUGUGUGCCUGCCGUAAAGGUUACGCAGAAACCAACGUUGGCUGCUCUCCUAUUUGCACGAACGUAUGUGGUGAGAACGAAUAUUGCUCCGCUCCGAAUAACUGUACCUGUAAAGAUGGUUUCGCUAAGGAUUUUAACGGAAAGUGCUCGCCCAUUUGCGAUCGAGCUUGCGACGAAGUCAGCUUUUGCUCGGCGCCCAAUAAAUGUACCUGUAAAACCGGGUAUGAACGAACAAAAGAUGUUUGCUCACCAAUUUGCGCUCAAGCAUGUGUUAACGGCCGUUGUGUUGCACCUAAUAAAUGCCUUUGCAAUAUGGGUUAUCAGCAUGUGAACGAACAUGAUUACAACUGUCAACCCGAAUGUGAUAUUAAUAUUUGUGGUAAUGCAACUUGUUCACAACCGAACGUUUGUGAGUGCCCCAAGGGAUAUGAGCGCAUCAAUGGUACCAGGGACUGUCUACCUGCAUGUACGGCAGGUUGUGGGCCGUAUGGUAUUUGUGUAGAAUCAGAGCGUUGUGAUUGCGUUGAAGGUUACCGACGUAGUGGAGAUCUGUGUGUACCCCAAUGCAAACACGGCUGCGGGAAUAACGAACGUUGCGUUCAACCGGAUGUGUGCCAAUGCAUGGAUGGUUACGAAAACAAACCUCUUCGGCACUACGAUCAUAGGUGUCAACCAAUGUGCGAACCCUCGUGUCCGCUUAAUGCUUACUGUGCCGCACCGAAUGACUGCAUCUGCUAUGCCGGCUACACAUUAGUGGACAGAGUUUGUGUACCGCGUUGCAAAGAUCAGUGCGGCGCAGACAGUAGUUGUAUUGCACCCAAUCAAUGCCAUUGCAAUAGGGGCUUCUUGGAACAAGACGGUAAAUGUGUAAGUUCAGCGGAGUUGAGAUCCUGCAUGAAGGAGGUGCUCUUUAUCAAAGUGCCUGUUUCCUGUGAAACCGGCUCAUUUAUUAUAUAUCUAAUAUACGCUGGGCUUAUUGGCAUACUGUUAUUAUGUGGUUUUAUCACCUAUAAAAGUAUUCUGCAUUUACGUAGGAGAUCUUCAAAAAGUUUUAGGCCGCCGCCAGAGAAUUUUAUAGUCACUUAUCAACCUCGUAGCCGGGAUGACGAAAUUGGGGAUGCAGAUUGCGAAGUGGCGAGUCCAAGCUAUAGUCAACCGCCUGCUUACAACUCGCUGACCAGAAAAUGUUAAAAACUAAUGACUAAUAUUCGUUUAUUUUAGGAAUGUAAAAUAUUAUUAUUACCAAAGUAGCUUUAAUCAUUCAACCUCACACUUAAUGAAACCAUUAAAAAAAUAAAAUUAAUUAUGAAUAAAG